AUGAGCUUCGACGUCCUCAAGAAAACUAGCACUAUGCACGGUGCCCACUUCCCAGAACCCGUCUUGCAGCCCAGGCUGAGGAACAAGGAGGCCUUCAUGCUCAAGCUUCCAGCCGGAAGCCUCCCCGACAGUCUUGAUGGCGUCGGGAGUGAGAAUGUUUUGGACAUUCUCGUCACUCUCCGGUCUCUGGCUCUCAAGUGCAGCUCGAGCCAAGACCGCAAGAACAUGUGGCACAGCUGCCGGCGCAGUAGCUGUCAGGGCAUACUCGGCGAUGCAGAUCUUCUUUACGCGCCCAGACAAACCUCGAAAGAUCUUUCCAAGCUCCUCGGGAGACUUGAAAUACCAGAUGCAGCCUUCGCCCGCUGUCUGGCUGAGGUAUUGCUCUGGUGUGGCCUGAUGCCAAUUGAUUCGGCUGCCAACCUCACUGUCGGUGAUCCAUUCGUAUGCCUGGCCCAAGGUGACAGGAGCGCCAUAGUCGAGGGAUCCAGGAUCGAUGGCGUCGACAGUCCCGGACGGGCCAACGGCUUCAGCCAGAACAGUUGUGCAGAGUCCUUGGCCGCAGCCGAUUUCAAGGACGCGGCCGCCCUUGGGAAUCGCGGCCCACCCAUUGACCAUAUUGAUGCGAUGUGCGGCUUGCGUGACAUCGGGAUUUUCUGGCUGAUUGGCACGGUCUUUGGGGUUAUAGGUGUAGGACGUGAUCCGAUAUGCCGCUGA